GUCUAUCGUUUCAUCCGAUUAGGCCAUGGAUACUUGCCAGUUUGCACAGUGGCGUAAUUCAGUUGUGGGAUUAUCGCAUGUGUGUGAUGAUCGACAAGUUCGACGAACACGAUGGUCCUGUUCGUGGUAUUUGUUUCCAUCCUCAGCAGCCGAUAUUUGUAUCUGGGGGAGAUGAUUACAAAAUUAAGGUAUGGAAUUAUAAACAGCGUCGUUGUUUGUUCACACUGCUGGGGCACUUGGAUUACGUGAGAACGACGUUCUUCCAUAAUCAGUAUCCGUGGAUAAUCAGUGCGUCAGAUGAUCAGACGAUUCGGAUCUGGAAUUGGCAAUCGCGUAAUAGUAUCGCUAUUCUGACCGGGCACAAUCAUUACGUGAUGUGUGCGCAGUUUCAUCCUAGCGAAGAUCUGACAAUCCGUCUCUGGGAUAUAUCCGGGUUAAGAAAAAAGAACGUUGUGCCCGGUACCGGCAUCGAAGAUCGCAUUGUUCGCAGUACCGCCCAGACUGAGUUGUUCAGUCAGCCGGACGCUGUGGUCAAACACGUGUUGGAAGGCCAUGAUCGUGGUGUAAACUGGGUGGCUUUUCACCCAACAAUGCCACUGAUUGUUUCAGCAGCGGAUGACCGUCAGGUGAAACUGUGGAGAUACAACGAUUCAAAGGCAUGGGAGGUUGACAGCUGUCGCGGACAUUUCAAUAACGUGUCUUGCGUCCUAUUCCAUCCUCGCGCGGAUUUCAUCUUGUCCGAUUCAGAAGACAAAACGAUCCGCGUUUGGGACCUUCAAAAGAGGACUUGCGUCCAUAAUUUUAGACAAGAUCACGACCGAUUUUGGGUGCUCACCGCGCACCCGAUUUUGACACUGUUCGCGGCCGGCCACGAUGGCGGCAUGAUCGUUUUCAAGAUCGAGCGCGAAAGACCGGCAUACGCGGUCAGCCAGAAUUUCCUGUACUACAUCAAGGAUCGUAUGCUGCGGCGGCUCGACUUCUCCAGUAAUAAGGAUGUUGCCGUUAUUCAGAUCAGGGGAAAGCAGCAGUAUCCAUAUUAUUCGUUAUGCUAUAAUCCGGCCGAAAACGCGGUGCUCAUUGUGAAUCGGGUGAAUCACGCAUUGGAGAACAGCACCUACGACCUUUACACGUUGCCAGCUGCAGUCGACAGUCAGAAUCCAGACAUGCCCGACGCCAAAAGGAGUCAUGGCUUGUCGGCUGUGUGGGUGGCGAGGAAUAGGUUUGCUGUCCUUGACCGUUUUCACAGUAUACUGAUCAAGAAUCUAAAGAACGAAGUUACGAAAAAGAUCGAUCUGCCUUCGUGUGAAGACAUUUUCGCCGCUGGCACUGGCCUGCUGCUAUUGAAAACGUCUGAGGGCAUUGCGCUAUACGAUAUUCAGCAGAAGCGAACUUUAGCUUCAUCCAAAGUCUCUAAGGUUAAAUAUGUUAUCUGGAAUGGCGAUAUGUCGUUUGCGGCAUUGCUCAGCAAACACACUAUGACCUUAGUCGAUCGUAAGCUGGUGGUAUUAUGUUCGAUCCAUGAAAGCAAUCGUGUCAAAUCCGGCAUCUGGAACGACACCGGCGUGUUUCUGUACACUACUAGCAACCACAUCAAGUACGCUUUAACAGGUGGCGACUUCGGGGUCAUUCGUACGCUGGACGUGCCGAUUUACAUCACGCAUGUUGUAGACGGUACCUUGUACUGUCUGAAUCGAGAUGUCGAACCAAAGGUGGUCACGUUUGAUCCCACUGAAUAUCGGUUUAAAUUAGCGCUAAUCAACCGACGUCACGACGAAGUGUUGAACAUGAUACGAGACGCAAAGCUCGUUGGGCAGACAAUCAUUGCCUAUUUGAAGAAGAAGGGAUAUCCAGAGAUCGCGCUUCAUUUCGUUAAAGAUGAAAAGACACGGUUCGGCCUGGCACUUGAAUGCGGCAACUUAGAAAUCGCCCUUGAGUCUGCAAAGGCCAUUGACGACCCAUCUUGCUGGGAUGCGUUGGCUGAAGCAGCGCGUGUACAGGUAGCUUAAAU